AUGUCAAGUCUCUCGACAUCGACGGACAGUCCAGGCAGCCGGCCUCCAUCUACAAGUUCCUCCGAAUCUGACAGGCACGAGUAUACGGCUCACCCCGUAUCACACCACGGUCCCGAAUUUGUGGAUCUGGUCGUUCCAAGCGUCCCCAAUGGAGGCAUCGAGAGUGACGCCAUGGCAGAGUCAAGCGACCAUGUCAUUCACUUGUCAAGUAUUGAGCAUUGCAUGCCUCGGUCUUACAUCCGUAUCUGCCUGGCAUAUAAGGUGGCCGACGAAGGAAUGCUCCCACAAGCACUAUCAAGACUCGACCGAUACAUCAGAAAGCUUGUGGAUGCAAAGCCAUACUUGAGUGGUUAUGUGGUAUCCGUCCCAGAACCCGAUAAGCAAGUGGGAGCCGUUGAAAUCCGCUUCUCUGACCAAGACUUUCUCGAGUACCCGUCUGUAAAUGUACGACACCUUUCGCACGAGGAAGUGCCGUACACUUACGAAGAACUGGAGUCGAAAGGUCUGCCUCCUAGUAUCAUUAAGCCGGAGCUGGUGUCGGCUCUAUCCGAGUCAGCAGAUGAAGAGCGCGCACCAGUGUUCCGAGUUCAAGCAAAUGUUGUCAAAGGUGGUCUUAUCCUUUCCGUGUAUCUGCACCAUUGUAUCUCGGAUGGCACGGGCAUUGGUAUGCUCAUCUCGGGUAGUGUGCUCAAUGACGAGUUCACGUUCGAACGAUAUCUGGACGGCAAUGGCCACGAAACCCCAAGCCUUUCCAGAAGAUUGAAUGCCUUUGCACACCAUAAAAGCAUUGUCAGGCAGGAACUGUCGUACAACUUUGCGAACCAGAUCAAUACCCGACACUUGAAGUGCAAAGUCGUCAAGCCAAGGUCAGAAAUCAAGGGUGGUGCAAAAGUCCAAGGCCGCGGUUGUGUCAUGUCAAUUCCGCUUGUAGGGCUUCAACAGCUGAGAGAAGGUCUUCAGGCCAUCUGCGGUAGCGACUUCUUUAGCCAAAAUGAUGCUCUACAAGCACUGCUUUGGCACGCAAUGACCAGAGCACGCAUCCCGUCGCUGGCGGAGGAUGACAAUGUCCGAGAGUCGAGCCUUCUAAUACCAGUCAACAUCCGCAACAGGCUGAAGAAGGCUCUUUCAGAAUCGUACUUUGGAGCAGCAAUUGACUUUGCCUCUGCAAAGAUGCCACUGUCCCACUUGAAGGGUAGUAGUGUUGCUGCACUUGCAGAAUCUGCAGUGACGAUACGCAAUGCCAUCAACGAUGUCAACGAACCUUAUAUCCGACAGGCGAUUGCGUUGGCUCGAUACGUCGACCCCACUAUCGACGUACGUGAUCUUCAAGCCAGCAAUAUGGAUCGAGCCAAGGGUGCAGACAUGUAUGUCACCAGUUGGGAAAAGCUGAGUUGCUACGAGGCAACAUUUGAAAUGGGCCUGGGUCCGCCCGAUUGGGUGCGGAAACCCUGGUCGAAGGAUCCGGGUUCCUGCAUUGUGCUCCCCCGCGAUGAGCGCAAAGAUUACCUUGAAGUUGUUAUUCAGAUGACGCAAGAUGAUAUGGCACGGUUGUUGGAGGAUCAGGAGUUCAUGAAAUACGUCUCCAGAGUGCUCGACUAG